AUGUCGAAUCCCAGAGUCCUCAUCACAGAAACACGAUCAGAAGAUGGACGUUACGAAGACCAAAUCCGCUCUGCAACGUCGGAGGUGGAACCUCGUUCGUCUUUAUCUGCUCUUCUCCCUGCGCCACCUCUUGCUUCCGGAAGAUAUAACCGCCAAAUGCUAGUCCCUCAAGUUCGACUCCGAGGUCAAGAGUCUCUGCUAGCCUCCAAAGUCCUUAUAAUUGGACUAGGCGGCCUCGGUUCACCCGCGUCAUUGUACCUUGCAGGGGCGGGAAUCGGUACAUUGGGCCUUAUGGACGGCGACGCUGUGGAAAUCAGCAAUCUCCACCGUCAAAUUGUCCACACGGAAUCUGCUGCACGCCUGGGUCAAAGUAAAGUCCAAUCCGCCGCCACGAGAUGUCGAGAGCUGAACCCGGAGAUCGUGUACGUCUGCCAUGAAGAGUCGGCCAGCGCGAGCAACAUCCUGGACAUCGUGUCACAAUAUGACCUUGUGCUCGACUGUACCGAUAAUCCUGCAACGCGCUAUUUGAUCUCUGACGCCUGUGUGGUCUCAGGAAAAGUACUGGUUAGUGGAGCCGCGCAGAGAGGCGAGGGCAUGCUGAUUGUCCUCAAUAACCCACCCACUUCUUAUGAGGGGGACGAAAAGGGGCCGUGUUAUCGCUGUGUUUUUCCUCGCCCACCGGCCCCGGAAACAGUACGAGGGUGUAGCGAAAUAGGCAUCCUUGGACCUGUGGUUGGGGUUAUAGGGACUUUGAUGGCUGGAGAGGCGAUCAAGAUAAUCACGAGCGGCGGGCAUAUCCCACGUCAAACCAGGGCAGAUCAAUUUGCGAACGACACGAAAGCUUCCGUCGAGACGCCGACGCAGAAGAAACAACACACAAUGCUCCUGUACAACACCUACGCCUCCGACCCACGAAGUAUGUUCCGCACGAUCGGUUUGCGAGGCCGCCGCAAGGAUUGUGUCGCAUGCGGCGAUGACCAGACUCUAGCAACCAAAAAUGUGACGAAAGUCUCGGCAGAGGUGAUCUCACAUGGCAGACUCGACUACCAGGCGUUUUGUGGCGUCUUCGAAGAUGUUAAACUUCUCGACGAGGACAAUAGGAUUCACGCUGGAGACUUUCUCCGGAAGCAGGUCGAGGAGGAAACACAGCCAGACAGAAGUGGUAAGCAGCAAAGCAAGCCUAUUGUGGUGGACGUUCGCGAAGAGCAUGAAUAUGAGCUUGGUCCAAAGGUUCGGGGCAGCUUAAAUAUCCCAAUCUCGCAUAUCCUGAGGCACGGAAGCGAAGCCUUUGGUGUCCUUGGGGUGAAUCCGGGGGUUAGGCCCCCUCCCAUGGGACCAGAUGGAGGUAUGAUCGAUCAGGAAUCGCAUAUCCCUAUGAUUACGAGACAUGACAGCUUCCCCACGAAGCCGAGUGGCCACUCCGAUCAAAUACCCCCAAGCCCAGCAAGAGAGGCACAAGACAGCGUAGGUGAAGAGCAGUAUUCAUCGGUAUACUUUGUCUGCCAGCGCGGGAACGACAGCCAAAUCGCAGCACAGAAACUGAUAGAAAAAAUCGAAGCUGAUGCGGCAACAGAGCAAGAAGCCCUGCGGAAAAAGAAGUGGGGAUGGAUCGGAGAUGUCAAGGGUGGUAUUAUCGCUAUGGAAAGACACGCAAGGACCAGCAUGUAG